CCCGGUCCUCUGGCUUGUGAAACCAGCGCUCUAACCACUGAGCUACCGGUGUGUGUGUGUGUGUGUGCGCGCGUGAUUCGGUUGUGAUUAUCGUAUCUGUUGCACUUGUGUAUAGAAAGACGUGUUGUAUUUCAUCAGUCUUGUGUUUUUUUUACUUUCUGGCCGUUAGCUUCAAGACUCUAUGCCAUGGUUGUCUUACCUGCUCUCACAAGAAUCUUUGUAGUGUGUGCCGUGCAGCAUAGCUUGUAAUGCACAACACAGUGGAAUGUGUGGAUCAGUCAUGCUGGGCACAGGAGGAGCCUGACUCAAGCACAGCAUUCACCCCUGGGAAGUACAAAAUAGUUCUCUUGGGUGAUGGAGGGACAGGAAAGUCAAGUUAUGUCUCUGUGCUUCAAAAUGCAACCUUCAGGAAGGAGUACAUUGCUACUCUGGGAGUGGAGAAGCACGAGAUCUCCCUCACCACCUCCCAUGGGCCUUGUGUUGUUGUCCUAUGGGACACAGCAGGGCAGGAGAAGCUGGGGCCCUUACGGGAUGGGUACUAUACCGAUGCCAAUGCUGCUUUCAUCUUCUUUGAUGUCACUUCAAGAGUCACGUACAAGAAUGUCCCUAACUGGCACAGGGAUGUCCUGAGGGUGUGUUCCGACAUCCCCAUCGUCCUGUGUGCAAAUAAAAUCGAUGUAGAAGAGAGGAAGGUCAAAAGCAAGGCAAUUACACACCACAAGAAACACAAAAUGGGGUUCUAUGAAAUAAGUGUGAAGGAGAGAAUAUCCCUUAAGGAACCAUUUGAAUACCUUCUGCAGCAGGUGACUAAGGAACCUGACCUGACUAUCAAGGACUCAGUGGAUGCAGACCUGUUCAGGGGAGUUGGGGAGCUUAGUCUCUUGCAGUCCAGCCUUCCUCAGGAGCAGGGAUGAGUCCAAUAUUUUGUGGCAUACUGAAUUGUUACACAUGUCACUUUGGAAUUGUCACCUGUGCACUUGAGGCUGUGACUGACUGAACUAACUUAUUACCAUAUGUUAUGUAAAUUGUUCUUGGUGUGGUUGUGUUGUUGUGUAAGUUGUUACUGUAACUGUCAUCAAUCUCUUCAGUGCUGGCUUUGUUGGCUGCCUUUUUUUUAGUAUCUUGUAUGAACUGUUGUGAAUUUUAUGGAUGCUAUAUCGAGGAGUCACUUAUUGUAUAUAAAAAUUGACUGUGGAUGUCCUUUUAAUGACGAAGGAAUAUUUUCAGACCAUAAAUGUAGCCAGAUAGAAUGGCUUAAUGUUGUAUUGAGGUUAUAUAUUCAGGGCAUUUGUAACAUUGUGUAAACAGUGAUGUUGCUCACUAGAAUGGGAUUUUUGUGUUUGUUUCCCACACUAUAUUGGGAAUCUGUGUACUCAAGAAAAAUUAUGAUAUAGUUGUCAUGUCACAAAAUAUUUAUAAUGAAUAACUAAAAAUUUUUGAGAUGUUCCUGUAAUUUAUUUCCUUGAAGGCAACUUGUAUUUUAAGUCACUAUUGUUCAAAAUAAAAUUCAACUUGAUUUUGAACUGUGUAA